UACAUUCAGCUGUUCGCUGCAAAUGAGAUUCAUUGACGCUCUGCCCUGCGCUGCCAACCGCCGUAAACAAGAUACAGACAGACAGCCCUGCGCUGCAUCGUGAGGGUGGUGAAUUCGUGUUCCUGAAGGUGGGGAAGGGCAGGGAGCAGCGCGGAGGGUCGGGACUGGGACUGGGACGGGCAGAUCGAUGCCGACAGGUGUUGCCACGGCUCGGCAGACAUGGCUGACAACGUGGCAGAAGCAGUUCAUUUGAACCCAGCCAUUGAGCCUCUCUCUUGGAUGUUGGGUACCUGGAUUUCUGACCCUCCUGGGGAAGGUUGCUAUCCAACUAUCAAACCUUUCAAGUACAUGGAGGAAGUCCAAAUCACGCAUGUUGGUCAACCCAUGCUGAAUAUUUCAUUUAAUGGUUUCAAUCCUGAAACCAGGAAGCCAAUGCACAGGGAGUGUGGCUUUAUCAGAAUCAAGCCUGGCACCAACAAAGUGGCAUUUAUCAGCGCACAAAACACAGGUAUUGUGGAGAUUGAAGAAGGAGAGAUGAAGGAUCAUGAGUUGACAUUGUCUUCGCAUUCUGUGGCUCGAAUGUCCUUUGCAAAGGAGCCACAUGUCCAGCAAAUUUCACGGACAUUCAGACUCACAAAGAAAGGGAAAUUGGAGCAAACUGUUUUCAUGGCAACUGAAAAACAACCUCUAUUGCAGCAUCUGCAUGUAACCUAUACACGCAGUUCCUAACAAGGUGUAUGUAGAGUAAGAUGAGGUACAAAUGCUUUCCAAUUACAGUGUAGCCUCGUUAUGGACAUUUAGAAUUGAUUGUUUGACCACAGGAAUGGAAUUUACUAUCUGUUGUGUUCAUUUUACAAAACAGGGAAUGUCUCCUGAUUUUAUGUGUCAUCCUUAUGAGGGGACGAUCUUUGAAAGAUUGUUGAACAAUUGUAAGAACUUUCUAUUGAGUUAAUGGCAAGAAGUGACAAUCAGAGAAACUUGUGUAAUGCUUUUGUCUCGCCUUCCCAGACAAAGAAGGUUUUAUGUACCGUUCACUGGUUAGAAAUCAGGUGAUCUAUAGAUAAAUUGGUAUCAAGCAAUCCUGUGCUGCUCGGUUACAUCUGUCACAUUGAAGCUCUCUUUAAUUGACAUUCAUUCUGGGCUUUGUCUUGGGUCUUGAUUCAGGUCACACACAAGGCCUCAAAAUGAGGAACUGGUAUUGCACUCAAUAGGUAAUUAUACUUCACAACUAGAUUCCACUGCUCCCAAGCAUCUAAUCUAGAUGGACUCCAUUGCUGGCAUACUAUUAACUGCAAUAACAGAAACUACCUCAGCCCCACUGGGUAAAAGGAUGAAGUUGCUUCUCAUCUCAGUGCUAAAUGGUUAUCUUCUUGUUUUGAGACUGUGGCCUCUAGCUUUAGACGCCCCAGUCAGAGGAAACAGCACCUUUCAUCCACUAUGUGAAGUCCAAUAUGAUUUUUUUGCAUGUUUUGAUUAAAUCAUCUCUCUUUUCUAAACUGUGCAGAAUACAGGGUCACUGCUGAAUAUUCCUUCAUGGGGCAAUUCUCCUGUUCCCCACACCCCAGUUUCAGCCAUUCCUGAGGUCAAUCUGGUGAGCCUUGUUUGGCCUCUUCUACUAUUAUUAUAUCAAUCCUUUGGUUGGGAGAUCAGAACUGUGCACAGCAGUCCAAGUGCAGUUUCAACAGGGCCUUAUAAGGAGGUGAUCCUUUGAGGAAGUCAGCUCAUUAAUGUAUCAAUCAUUACAAAGCUUGAAAAUUACUAAUGAGAGAUAAGGCCAUAUUAGGCACCUUAGUUAGUUUCUUUGUAAUCCAUAGGAUGUUUAUUAUGCUGUCAAGAUAAUGUUACCAAUGUAAUAUAUGUUCAGUAGCUGUGUGGUCUAGUGAUAAUGUACCUUUUCUUCAACGGACUCAUUCCCUGGGGGAGAUGCUGCCACGGUGAUUAUUGACAGUGAAGACUGGAUUGCAAGUGAAAAAUUCAUGAAUAGGUUAAAUGUAAGUGGGAACGAUUCUGAGCUAGAGAACCUUUACUAGAACUUGGAGCAGUCAGUAAAUUUAAUGAUUCAUCCUUUAUUGUGUAAAUAAAUAUCUACAAUGUCUCUAGAAUGAUUCAAAUAAUGUUUUCACCCUUAUCUGAUAGGGUUCUCAGUUGAGCUGAUGAUAAAGCUUUUGGUGGAUUUCCUAAUGGAGCAUUCAAUGACUUAUUUAACAGGGACUCCCUGCUCAUGGAGGGGCAUUUGAAUCGACUAACAUGGGACAGCAUGGCAGAACAAUAGUACAGCGCCAGAGACCUUGGUUCAAUUCCACCACUGUCUGUAAGGUGUUUGUACAUUCUCCCUGUGACUGCUGGGUUUCCUCCAACAUUUCAAAAAGACAUUUGGGUUAGUAGGUUAAUUAAUCACAUGAGUGUAAUUGGCUGGUAUGAGCUUGUUGGGUUGGAAGGGUUUGUUACCGUGCUGUAUCUCUAAAUAAAUUUUUAAAAAUCCAUAACAGUUCAGAAGUGCACCUGAUGCAUUGAUAAGAUGAUCCCUACAAGAAUCAUCCACUGGGACACUCCUCACCCAAAAACAUGAAGAAAUUGCAAACUUGCAUUUGGGUAAGCUGAUUUGGAAAACCGAGAUCUCCAUGCAUACAAGUUGCUAAAAACCAGUGUAAAUGUACGAAAAGUAAUGAAGCAAGCUUAUGAAAUGCUGGCUUUCUCUUCAAGAGUAAAAUUCAAAAACUGAAAAUGCUAGAAAUAUUCAGUGGGUCAGGCAGCACUCGUGGAGGGAGAAACAAGUUGACGAUUUUUUUAAAUCAAGUAUGUUUUAAAUUGCAAUGAUGGGAGGAGUGGUGAGGGGGGGAAAGGUAGGUUUGCAACUCAAACCAUGUUUGACUUUCACUUUUAGCUGUUCUGAUAAAAUGCGACAAACCUGACACAUUAAUUUUGUUCCCCCUUCAUGGAUGCUGCCUGACCUGCUGUGUACUUUCUGUGUUUAGUUUCUAUUCCAGCAUUCUAACAUCUGCAUUUUUUUUUUUGCUUUUGGAAAGAUUGUUACCUUGAUCACACCUUAUCAAUGUUUGGCAGAUUUGAAUAACUGAUACCAUGGUUAAAAGGUUUACAUUUAUUAAACUGGGCUGCAUUAACCAUGUUUCCUUUACUUUUGCCUCGUGAGUUUAGAAAACUUUAAGGUAAUCUUAAGGUAUUUAAAAUGAUUGAGAGAUUAGAUGGGAUAGGUAGAAAGAAUAGUAGGGAAAUUCUCAAUGAAUGGAAACAUUUAUCUACAUGAUGGUUUCAGUGCUCCAAAAGGCUAUUAAUUUAGAGUCAAGGCAGGGGAUUUUGGGUAAGGGUAGUGAAAAGCUAGCAGCAAAGAUGGGUUAGUGGGUAUGUUAUACAGUAAAUCUUCAAUAAUCCAACACACUUUCAACUUUGGUGCUGGACUGGCAAAAUAUCUGGACUAUUGCAUUUAACUGGAAUAGUCAUUACCCCUCAACCAUCAGGCUCUUGAACCAAAGGGGAUAACUUCACUCAAUUUCAUUAGCCCCAUCAUUGAAAUGUUCCCACAACCUAUGGACUCACUUUUAAUGACACUUCAUCUCAUGUUCUCAAUAUGUAUCGUUUAUUUAUUUACAAUUAUUUCUUUCUCUCUUGGAUUUGCACAGUUUCUUGUCUCAUGCACACUGGAUGAUGCCCAAGUUGCUGCAGUCUUUCACUGAUUCUAUUAUGGUUAUUAUUCUAUUAUGAAUUUAUUGAGUAUGCCCACAAGAAAAUGGAUCACAAGGUUGUAUAUGGUGACAUGUAUUUUGAUAAUAAAUUUACCUUGAACUUAAUACUCCAAAAUACUUUAAAUUUUCUACUUUUAUGGAUGCUUCAGUAGAUCACAUUAAAUUUUGCAGCUAACUCUGAGCUAAAAGAGAAAGAAGGCCCUGGUGUUUUUAAGGGUGCUUGGGAACCAGGAACAGUUAGCCAUGUGCCAAACCAUCAAUACUUCCAAAUGAUCAUAUAAUAUUACAGGAUAUUUAUGUGUAUAGAUAAAUCAGUAUUGAAUUGAAUGGUGUUAGAAACUUGAGGGACACACGUAGAAUUAAACCUCUGAUGUUAAAUGUAUCCACCUGGAUUAGUGAAGAACAUUUCAAACCAUGAUCCAAGAGCACUGGCUUUGUAUUCCUAUCAUUCGUUUCACAUAAUAUAUGAACUACCUGUACCUUAAUCAUCUCUACCACGUUCCUUGGGAUGGUCUUCCUAUCUUGAGCGGAACUUUGUAAUACAAAGGGAUUUGGUGCUGCUGUUACAUGAAGCACAAAGUUAGCAUAUAGGGAUAACAACUGGAAAUGAAAUUUUGUUCCUUAUUAAGUGGGGUAUGGAGUUUAAAUAUCAAGAAACUCCAUACCUCCUUUGUGCCCCAGUGCAAUAAAGGGAGCAAAAGGAAUUGGCACCUAACGAGCCAGAUGUCAAGCCACUGAGUAUUGGAUUCUCUAGGUCAUCUUAGACAGAAUGAUAGAGCGGAGGAAGGGGAAAACAGAAAUAAAUCUAAGACAGUGAGCAGUAAAGAUGUCAGGAAAGACAGGCAGGUGAUGGGUCAAAUUUGCAGCCAUUGGGAUGAGUUGCAGUGCAAUCAAAGCAAAAAGUACCAAAAACUGGUCUUAAGGUGUUAUACUUAAAUGCACGCAGCAUAAGGAAUAAGGUGGAUGAUCUUGUCAUACAGCUACAGAUUGGCAGGUAUGAUAUUGUGGCCAUCACUGAGACGUGGCUAAAGGUUGCAUGUCUCUGGGAGCUGAACGUCCAAGGAUACACGGUGUAUUGGAAGGAUAGGAAGGUAGGCAGAGGGGGAGGCGUGGCUUUAUUGGUAAGAAAUAAUAUCAAAUCAUUAGAAAGAUGUGACAUAGGAUCGGAAGGUGCAGAAUCUUUAUGGUUGAGCUAAGAAAUAGCAGGGGCAAAAGGACCCUGAUGGUAGUUACAUACAGGCCUCCAAACAGCUGCAGGGAUGUGGACUACAAAUUACAACAGGAAAUAGAAAAGGCUUGUCAUAAGGGCAGUGUUAUGAUAAUUGUGGGGGAUUUUAACCUGCGAGUAGAUUGGAAAAAUCAGGUCGGCACUGGAUCUCAAGAGAGAGAAUUUGUAGAAUGUCUGCGAGAUGGCUUUUUAGAACAGCUUGUUGUUGAGCCCACUAGGGGAUCGGCUGUACUGGAUUGGGUAUUGUGUAAUGAACCGGAGGUGAUUAGAGAGAUUGAGGUGAAGGAACCCUUCGGAGGCAGUGAUCAUAACAUGACUGAGUUCACUGUGAAAUUUGAAAAAGAGAAGCCAAAAUCCAAUGUCGGUAUUUCAGUGGAAUAAAGGAAAUUACAGUAGAAUGAGAGAGGAACUGGCCAAAGUUGACUGGAAAGGGGCACUGGUGGGAAGGACGGCAGAGCAGCAGUGGCUGGAAUUUAUGCGAGAAGUGAGGAAGGUGCAAGACAGAUAAAAGGAAGAAAUUUUCAAAUGGAAAAAGGGAAGUCAAAGUUAAAGCAAAGGAGAGGGCAUACAAGGAAGCAAAAAUUAGUGGGAAGACAGAGGAUUGGGAAGUUCUUAAAAGCUUACAAAAGGAAAUUAAGAAGGUCAUUAAGAGGGAAAAGAUGAACUAUGAAAGGAAGCUAGCAAGUAAUGUCAAAGAGGAUACUAAAAGCUUUUUCAAGUAUAUAAAGAGUAAAAGACAGGUGAGAGUAGAUAUAAGACUGAUAGAAAAUGAUGCUGGAGAAAUUGUAAUGGGAGAUAAGGAGAUGGAGGAACUGAAUGAGUAUUUUGCAUCAGUCUUCACUGAGGAAGACAUCAGCAGUAUACCGGACACUUAAGGGUGGUAGGGAAGAGACGUGUGCGCAGUCACAAUUACGACAGAGAAAGUACUCAGGAAGCUGAAUAGUCUAAGGGUAGAUAAAUCUCCUGGACCAGAUGGAAUGCACCCUCGUGUUCUGAAGGAAGUAGCUGUGGAGAUUGCGGAGGCAUUAGCGAUGCUCUUUCAAAAGUCGAUAGAUUCUGGCAUGGUUCUGGAGGACUGGAAGAUUGCAAAUGUCACUCUGUUAUUUAAGAAGGCGACAAGGAAUCAAAAAGGAAGUUAUAGACCUGUUAGCUUAACAUCGGUGGUUGGGAAGUUGUUGGAGUUGAUUGUCAAGGAUGAGGUUAUGGAGUACCUGGAGGCAUAUGACAAGAUAGGCAGAACUCAGCAUAGAUUCCUUAAAGGAAAAUCCUGCCUGACAAACCUAUUACAAUUUUUUGAGGAAAUUACAAGUAGGCUAGACAAAGGAGAUGCAGUGGAUGUUGUAUAUUUGGAUUUUCAGAAGGCCUUUGACAAGGUGCCACACGAGGCUGCUUAACAAGAUAAGAGCCCAUGGAAUUACGGGAAAGUUACAUACAUGGAUAGAGCGUUGGCUGAUUGGUAGGAAACAGAGAGUGGGAAUAAAGGGAUCCUAUUCUGGGUGGCUGCCAGUUACUAGUGGUGUUCCACAGGGGUCCAUGUUGGGGCCGCUUCUUUUUACGUUGUACAUCAACGAUUUAGAUUAUGGAAUGGAUGGCUUUGUGGCUAAGUUUGCUGAUGAUACAAAGAUAGGUGGAGGGGCCGGUAGUGCUGAGGAAACAGAGUCUGCAGAGAGACUUGGAUAGAUUGGAAGAAUGAGCAGAGAAGUGGCAAAUGAAAUAUAAUGUUGGAAAGUGUAUGGUUAUGCACUUUGGCAGAAGGAAAAAACGAGCAGACUAUUAUUAAAAUGGGGAGAGAAUUCAAAGUUCGGAGAUGCAACGGGACUUGGGAGUCCUUGUGCAGGAUACCCUCAAGGUUAACCUCCAGGUUGAGUCGGUAGUGAAGAAGGCGAAUGCAAUGUUGGUAUUCAUUUCUAGAGGAAUAGAGUAUAGGAGCAGGGAUGUGAUGUUGAGGCUCUAUAAGGUGCUGGUGAGACCACACUUGGAGUACUGUGGGCAGUUUUGGGCUCCUUAUUUAAGAAAGGAUGUGCUGACGUUGGAGAGGGUACAGAGAAGAUUCACUAGAAUGAUUCCGGGAAUGAGAGGGUUAACAUAUGAGGAACGUUUGUCUGCUCUUGGACUAUAUUCCUUGGAACUUAGAAGAAUGAGGGAGGGCCUCAUAGAAACAUUUGGAAAGUUGAAAGGCAUGGACAGAGUGGAUGUGGCAAAGUUGUUUCCCAUGAUGGGGGAGUCUAGUAUGAGAGGGCAUGACUUAAGGAUUGAAGGGUGCCCAUUCAGAACAGAGAUGUGAAGAAAUUUUUUUAGCCAGAGGGUGGUGAAUCUAUGGAAUUUGUUGCCACGGGUGGCAGUGGAGGCCAAGUCAUUGGGUGUAUUUAAGGCAGAGAUUGAUAGGUAUCUGAGUAACCAGUGCAUCAAAGGUUAUGGUGAGAAGGCAGGGGAGUGGGACUAAAUGGGAGAAUGGAUCAGCUUAUGAUAAAAUGGCAGAGCAGACUCGAUGGGCCGAAUGGCUGACUUCUGCUCCUUUGUCUUAUGGUCUUAUCUUCAGAGAGCACCUGUUUAGAGACACAGAAGGGACUGAAGGUGCUGGAAAUCUGAGAGCAACACAAAACGCUAGAGAAAUUUGGCAGGUCUGGUAGCCUCCAUGGAAGGUUGAUGUUUUGGACUGAGACUUGCGUUGGGUUAAUAUGUUAACUUCAGGAAGGGGAAGGAGAGUGAACAUUGGGGAUCAGCAGUGGAAAGCAUCAGCAGCUUUAAAUUCCUGUGUGUUAACAUAUUGAAUUACCUGUCCUGGGCCCAGCAUAUAAAUCUUUAAUUAUAAGGAAAGCGCACCAGCAUCUUUAAUUUCUUGCAACACACAUCAAAGUUGCUGGUGAAUGCAGCAGGCCAGGCAGCAAUUUUGAUGAGUGUUGCCUGAAUUUCCAGCAUCUGCAGAAUUCCUCCUGUUUGCAUCUUUAAUUUCUUGGGAGGUUAAGGAGAUUCAGCUCAUCUUCAAACACUAUCAAACUUGUACAGAUGUACUGUUGAAAGCAUCUGAUUAAGGCAUCAUGGUAGUAUAGCGGUUAACAUGACGGUAUUACAGUGCGGGGCGUUGAUUUCAGUUCUCAUGUUAUGUGUAAGGAGUUGUAGUUCCUCCCUGUGAGUGUGUUGGUUUCCUCUCACAGUCCAAAGACAUACCAGUUAGGAAGUGAACUGGUCAUUGCAGCUUGAAGGGCCGUAAAGGCCUGAGCUGUGCUCUGUCUCUAAAUAAAUAAUAUAUCAGGGUCUAACAUGGCAAUUUGAAUACUCAAGAAUGUAAGAAGCUACAAUGUAAGUAGUCGAUUCUGCCAGUAUGUCAUGGGCACAUUCCUCCCCACUAAUCAUGGUAUCCAGACGAGGCAACAAGAAGACAACAUCAUCCAAGACUCCCACAAUCUGAGCCAUGCCAUCUUUUCACAACAGCCAUUGGGCAGGAGAUGCAGAAGCCUGAAGUCCCCUACCAUCAGAUUCAAGAACAGCAACUUCCCUUCAAUCAUUUGGUUCUUGAACCAACUGGCAAAAUCCUAACCAGUUUAGCAAACUAGAGCCAAUUUUAAAAGAAAAUGGAUUUUUUUGUUCUAAUUGUUUCCUUGUAAAAUUGUUUGUUUUUCUUGUGAAUGCUGCUUUCGUGUGGCUGCUGCAUUUUUCCGUUGGCCCUAUGCAUUACCUGUAUUUGUACAAAUGACAAACUCGACAUUGACUUUGCUAUGUAAAUUUGUUAUUUGUUUCUGGUUCUACAUAUUUUGCUGAUUAGAUUUGCCUUUGAGGCAGUUAAACAGUUUUGCAUCAGCUGUUAACUUUGUCCCUCCCUCAAUUACAUCAUGUGGACGAUAAUACGUGACAGCCUUGCAUUGCCCAAACCUGGUGCCUCAGUCAGCAGUUAAAUGCUUUCUAUUCACUUAACCAUGAAUAUGGUGCCUAGUACUUAAAAUAGCUUCAACUUCACAUCAACCUGAAACCUAUUAUGACAUAAAAAAAUUGAUUUUCAGAACAAAACUUUACAGUUUUCUUACAGAUUGUGAGACUAAGAUUGCAAUUUGGAUUUAUUUAUCACGCACACAGUGAAAUGCAUCGUUUUUGUUAACAACCACCACACCUAAAGAUGUGCCAGUGGCAGCCCGUAAGCGUUGCCUUAGAUUCUGGCACCAGCAUAGUAUUCCCACAAUAUUCAGCAAAACAACACAAGCAACAACAACAAAACAAAACAGCAGCAUCAAAUCAAACCUCAUUCCUACUUUCCCACCAGACAGGCCCCCAGUUCCGACCUUCCCACCCAAACAGGCCACCACCGGGCCUCCAGUCCUCUCAGACUUGCAAACAUUGGGCUUCCAAACCUCCAGUCCCUUGCCCAGACUGGCAGACUUCGGGCCUCCAAUUACCCCAGGAUUCUCCAAUCAUGGGAAUUUGAUCUUCAGCUCCAGACUGGCCAAUCACGGGACUUUGACCUUCGGGCCGCAACUUUUGGAUUCACCAAUUACAAAACUUUGACCUUCGAGCCUCUGACUACCCCAGGACUCACUGAUCAUGGGACCUUUAACCUUCAGGUCUCAACUUCUGUGCUUGCAUGAAUCUCUAAGCACUGGCCUGGGGAAUCACCAUCAGUUGUACCUCCUUCUGGAAUGGACCACUAACCAAUGACGCGCUGUUCUCCAUCGUUGGUGCUUUCUGAUCUGGCAUCUGGAAUUUCUGGCCUUCGACCAUGAAGUACUCUGUCCCCGGGCUCCAAACACUGGCUCCUUCUCCUGACCUCUAACUCCUCCUUAUCCCUUCCCUAAACCCUAAUCUGACUCAGUCCUCCCUGUGCAGUCCCCAAAAACAUCCCUACUGGCCUAAAAAAUGACUAACUCUCAGCAUGCCCUGGAUGUAUUUAAUGGGAAAUAUAUUCUUCAGUCAGUAUUUUAGAUCUGUGAGUGAUUUGACAUUGAUUGUUCUUAGAGUGUUUGUACUAACGAUAGCCUGGACUGUCUCGGUUUUUCCUGUGCAACAACUUGUAAAUAAAAUUGGCUACUAGUUUUAGCCUGAACAAAGCAUUGAUAAUGUAAUCCUGAUUGUGUUUUCUUACAUGCCACGUACAGUUACAGCUGUCCUUUCUUUGUUGUUGCCAGAAUUGUGUUCCUUCAAUUUCAUUUUCGGGGUGUGGACAUCACUGGCAAGCCGAUUGUUGGGGAGUCAGCUUCUUGAACUGUUGCUGUCUUUCUGAUGAACUUGGUCUCGGUGCUAUUGGACAGGAGUUUUGGGAUUUAGGCCAGUGACUUUGAAAGCAUCAGGGUUGUGUACCACUUGCAGGAACCUGUAAGGGUUGGUGAUCCAAUGUCCAUGCAGCUCUUGGUCUUGAUGAUUGUGGUCACGUGUUUGGAAGGUACUGUCAAACUCUUGAGUAACUUCUGAGUGUUUUGUAGAAAGCACACACUGCAAUUAACUUGCACCAGUAGUGGAAAAGGUGCCAAUCCAGUAGGUUGCUUGCCCAUGAUGGUGCUAAGCUUCUUCAGUGUGGUGGGAACUACAAUCAUCAGGCUAGCAUUCCAUCGUGGGCUCUUGACUUAGUAAGUUACUGAGGAGGAUUCUGAGGGAUAAGGUUUACCUGCUUCUGGACAGACGGGGUUGAUUAGGGGUAGUCAGCAUGGGAGAACCUCUCUUACAAACAACGGAGUUUAUUGAUUCAGUAAGGCAUUUGAAGAGGUGUCAUAUUAGGCUGCUCGCGAAGGUUAGAUCACAUGGGAUCCAAGGAGAGCUGGCAAACUGGACAAACAAAUGGCUUGAUGGUAGAAAGCAGAGAAUGUUGCUUCUCAGACUGUGGGCCCAUGACUAGUGGUAUGCCUUGAGUUGCUGCUGGCCCAUUGCCUGGUUAAUGUACCAUACGUUUGCAGUUGACACUAAAAUAGUGAUGGAGUAGACAAUGGAGGUGGUUAUCAGAAAUUACAGAAUGAUCUUGAUCAGCUGAGGAAUAGCAAAUGGAGUUUAAUUCGAAUUUGCAGUAUGUGGAAAGUCAAAUCUAGGAAGGACUUUCACUAGGGUCUUGGAGAGCUUUGUAGAAACGGGGUGCCUGGGAGUACAACUGUAUGGUUCCCUGAAAGUGGAGUCGUAGGUAGACAGGGCGGGUGGUGAAGAAGCCUUUUGGCAUGGUGGCCUUUAUAAGUCAGGGCACUGAGUGUAAAAGUGAGGAAGUCACCGUGUGGUUGUACAGGAAGCUGCUGAGACUGCACUUGGAAUAUUAUGUUCAGUUCUGGUCACUCUGCUAUGGGAAUGAAGAGAAGAUUUACAAUGAUGUUGCCAGCACUCGGAGAGACUGAAUUGAAGUCCUCUGGUAUUAAGUGCCAGAUUCAGGGCCCAACCUGAUUGAUAGCCCGGGCCCCCAGCAGCGGAGCCUCCCCCAUCACUCGGCCCGACCCAGACCCACGGGACGCAUCCACCAACCUCAGAGCUGCCAACAACACACUGCAUCAAUGAAAACCUGGAAAGAUGCACUAUUUACUGAGGAGGCAUGGGAAAAGAGCUGGUCAUAUUGAAGCUGAGGGGCUUUGGGGUCCCUCUACCCACCAUCCUACUAGCUAAUGUGCAAGCCAUAGAGAACAAGGUGGAUGAUCGUAAAGGGAGACUCACCUACUGCAGGGAGAUGCAGAACUG